CAACCAGGGAGGAGAACAACUGAGCGGCUACGUGGACCCAAACAAAUAGGAGGGGAAAGUGUAUGGUUAUAAAUCAGUAGAAAUAGUCUUGAAGAUAGUUUUUGUUCAUUUACAAGACUGCUAAAGAGUUAAGGCCGAAUGCAGCGGUGAUAUCGGCUCCUAGCGGCAGCUGGUGGCUGUGCUAUUUAGCAUCAGCUAGCCUGUUAGCUGGCGCUGACUGACGGGGGAAGCCGUCUGAAAAGCGGCUGGUAACAUCAGGCAGCUGGCCCCAACAGGAAAAGAUAAAGGAAACGAUUAAAAUAUACUUAAAAGUUGAAAUUACCUCUUGUAUUACUGAAAGGGACUCCUGUGUCGUAAUAAGCAAGUUAGCAGUUAGUUUGUCGAGACAGGCUAACUUAGCUAUUGUUGGGUGGUCUCAGGCUGACAUCUGUAAAUACUGGCUUUGGGUGGCUUUAGCUAACACAGCUAGAAAAGCACAAUGAGCUCCGAGGAGACUGCAGCGUCCACUAAAGCCACCCCGGAGGAUGAUGGCAUGACAUGGUGGUACCGAUGGCUCUGCAAAAUAGCUGGAGUUUUGGGAGGAAUAUCCUGUGCCAUUGCAGGAGUGUGGAACUGUGUCACUGUGAACCCUUUAAACAUUGCUGCUGGAGUGUGGAUGGUGUUGACUGCCUUCGUGUUGUUCUUAUGCGAAGUCCCGUUCUGUUGCCAGUUCAUAGAGUUUGCUAAUGCAGUAGCAGCCCGCGCAGACAAACUCAAACCCUGGCAGAAAGCCAUCUUCUACUGUGGGAUGGCUCUGUUUCCUGUGUUCUUGAGUUUCUCCUUUACAACCUUGUUUGGGAAUGCCAUCGCCUUUGCUACAGGAGUUCUGUAUGGCCUUGCGUCGUUAGGCAAAAAGGGAGACGCAGUGACUUAUGCCAGACUGCAGCACCAGAAACAGGGCGAUGAAGAGAGAAUGGCAGGAACGACAAACGGCGCUCCAGAGUGAGGCAUCUGCCUUCCCACCCUCCUCCUCCUCCUCCCCCUCCUCCUCUCUUUUCUUCAGCUCCAUCCAUCCUACCUCUUCCUCCAUCCUCCUUCCUUCACUAUCCUUUCUGUCACUACAUAACAAUGGUAUUGAGUUUAUUUAUUUACUUCAAUUGCUGAAUUCCCAUUGUCCUGACCUAAUAGUAUCCAAACAGAUUGAUGUUGGGUUCAGUCCAUUAUUUGAUACCUGGUGUGUAAAUGCGGCCUCUCCUUGACUUGAUACCUUUGAUUUAAAGUUUUUUUUAAUCUUCUUAUGGGUUGUAUUUAUUAUUUGUUUCCCUUCGUUCUUGCUACUGUUGGUUGUAAACCCUUUUUGACGGAAAAAUGUGAGGUACAUCUUUGUAGCCCAAGAGCCUUUCAGGAAAUCUGAACAGAAAUUAAUGUGAUUGUAAAAUGUACAUAAUUGACUUCAGGUUAUUUCUAUUACUGUGAGGCUGUGAUUCAGAGUUGUCUGACUUAGAGAGUACAGCGGGUUAAGAUAAGUCAAAUAAUCCACAGGGUUCAGACUUAUGCUGUGUGUCGUUUUUGGCAGCACAUCCCAAAUAUUGAUAAGUUUGGAAACUUCAUUUAGUCCCAGGUACUUCUGGUUUAAACGCAGGGUUAGACCCUAAUUUCCUCCAAAGGUUCAUUGUUCCCUGGGACCCUGAAUAGAAGAGAAAAUCUUUCCAUUUUGGAUUUAAAAGUCAAUUGAGGUAACAGUGAAGACUACUACAAGAAAAGUUCUAUUUCCAUUUAUGAUUGGGGUCUUUUCAAACCUAAGUUACUGCAGAUAAAGCAGCCACUGGAACAAUAUCCCUGUGUAUUUGUUGUUAUUCUUAAUAAUGUGAAGAGGACUUGAUUACCAUUUGUGUUGGGAAACUUUUUAAUCAGUCAGACUGACUAUUACAAAACUGAUUUGUAAAUAACUGACCUAAAGUGCUACCUUAAGUGUUUGUUUCCCUGACAGCCACACACAGUUUGUGUUGAUUGGUAUAUAUUUGUGACAAUAGUUUUUCCCUGGAAAUACACCAGUAGGGCGAUUUCAUGUGUACAAUGUUGAUGAAGAGCAACAAUUAGAUUUUUAUGACCUUUGAUAGAUAAUGGGUUUUAGUAGACAAGGCUGUGUAUAUCACACAAUCAUAGAGCAUUGGCUGAUUGAAGAAUUUCCUCUGAGUUUAAUUAUUGUGAGUCUCAGUCACACCCACUCUCAGAGCUUAGAGGUUACUUUCAUCUAAUAAGACGUGUCGAGCUUCCCGAAAGACCUUUGUGAAAUCUCCACCCUAUGUGCCUGAGGUGCAUCAUACAAAUGACAAGUCUGAAGUAAGAAUGUGUGAUUUUGGUGUGAGGGUAUUACACUCACUGUGUACAUGCAACUCUGAACUGCAGCCUGAAUGCAUUUAUAAACAUACAGAGGCAUUAGGGAUGUUUUUAACCACGGGGAAUGUAGUUGGUAGACGCAAAGAGAAAGAAAGAUGAGUUUUAGUUUUGUUUUAUGCUUUGAUAUGUUCUUUUUUUCAUUUGUUUUAAACUCAGUUAAAGCUCCAGCACUAAACUUUUUGUAGCAUGGAUAAAGGGGGAAUUUCAUUCAAAGCUUUCGGUGCAUGGGUCCGCUUGUUUACGUACGGUUCCUCAUGUUCAAGCAGCCGGCGGCCAAGUUGUGGCUGCAGAUGUUGUGGUACGUUAUGUACUGAAAAAUUGGAAUGUGUGUGUAUUUUAUUUGCUCUCCUUUUUUAAAAUAUCAGUUACUGAAUAUUUUCUGUGUUUAUUAUGAGUCUUAAUUAGUACAUUAUUCUACCAAAACCCAUUAAAUUUUAAUGAGGGGAAGUGUCUUGAUUCAGGGACUAAUUGGUCUGUAUCCCACACAAUCGUCAGAGCCACGGCUUGCCUUUGUCACUCAAAUGAGGUAUGCAGUGGGUCAGCAAUAUACGGUUUGUGUUUGUGUUGUUUUGUUGCCUUGCCUUGCCUCCGUUGUGUCAUUGGUAAUGAGGAUGCUUUGGGAAUAACUGUUUACACGUACCCCUUACAGCUGUUUCUAUCUUACAUCUGUUACUGGUUGGCCAGUGACUGGGUGGAUUAUUCACACAUUGCCACCAGCUCUCAGGUAUCACACUUAAUCAUUGCACAGCGUUCAGAUACAGUUAAUAAAGUAGUGUAUGCAAAGAUCAUAGAUAUACAGUAACUAGCAUCAGCAUGACUCUAUGAAAUUACUACACCAGAGCCAGUGGGAAGGUUCACAACGUUCACAAGCAGUGCUCACUACACAAACACUACACACACACCAGCGAUAUGCUACAGUCUGACACUACACUGCUUUACUCGUCCAAAGCUAUCCAUCCAUCCACCCAGCCAUGUUUUAUUUAAUCCAGUGACAUGCGUCCAGAUCACAUGAAUCGACUGCUUCUACAUCUGCAGGUGUUGCGUGUGUCCUCUGCUGUAAGGGAUAUGUGUACAACGUGUGUCGUGAUGUGAAUCCUGAUCCUGUUAUGAAUUAGUGAAUUAAACAAA